GUCCAGCGUUUGCAGCCCUGCACGGCGCCGCCACGGCCGCGGGGGCCGCGGGCGCAGCCCAGCUGGCAGCCCGGAAGGGCGCGGCAGAUAUCAGGCGGCAGCCGCGCACGGCUCUCGCCGCCAAGAAGGGCGGCGGCAAGAAGGGCGGCGGCAAGAAGGGCGGAGGCAAGGCCGCCGCCGCCGCGGACGACGGCGAGGAGGACGCCGAGGAGGAGGAGCAGAUCGACGUCAACGCGCUGCUGCGCGAGUGGCAGGCCAGCUUCGAGAAGCCCGCGGAGAAGCUCCGCGAGGCCCUGGUCGGCAUCCGCGCCGGGAAGGCGACGCCGCAGCUCGUGGACAGCCUCAAGGUGAGCGCCUACGGGAGCGAGGUGAUGAUCAAAGAGGUCGCGACCAUCACCGCCACCGACGCGUUGUCCCUGACUGUCGCGUGCUUCGACGCCGAGAACGCCCCGGCGGUCGAGAAGGCGAUCAAGACGUCGGACUUAGGUUAUUCCGCCGUGGUGAAUGGGGCCAACGUCAGGAUCGGCAUUCCGGAGCUCACGAAGGAAAAGCGGGCGCAGUACGUCAAGCUGGCCAAGGAUACGGCCGAGAAGUCGAAGGUUGUCGUGAGAAAUUCCCGGCAAACUGUCAUGAAGAAGAUCAAAGGCUUCAAGUCGCUCACCGACGACGAGUCGAGGGCGUUGGCCCAGUCUGUGGAGGACAUGGUGAAGAAGCAGAUCUCUGAAUUGGAUAGCAUCUACAAGAAGAAGGAGGACGAGCUCUCGAAGCUCUGA